AUGGAACCAGGGGGGUCGGGCCCCGAGAUCUUCCCUUUAGGCUCCAGGUUCACUCGCACGCCACGCCCGCAGUCAAAGUGGCAUCGCAGGCGCUUCCGUUGGAGGAGAAGUUAUGAGCUGUUGAUGGGGAAACGUCGACACGACCACAAGCCUGCCGUGCUCGUGAAGGCACCGGCCAAGGGCUCGUACUCGCCGCCCAGUGCAAGCCAGACCCUGUUAUCCUCGCCAUUCUGCUUCGCCUCGCAAUCAUCAUUCCUCUCUUUCACCCUCAACGGCCAGCUGCGUUCGACUGCAGUGGCCGUUGCCACGCGCAGGGGUGACGCAAGGCUGCGAGAUCAAGAACGCUUGAUGGUGCCAUCCACGACGGAUGUGAGCGCAGAAACUCCAGGGCGCCCCUGA